AUGCAUGAGUGUGUGCUGUGUGUGAAUGUAUGUGUGUAUGCGUGUGCAUGCAUGUGUGCGUAAGUGCGUGUGUGUAUAUGCGUGUAUAUGUGCGUACAUGAGCGUGUGAGCGUGUGAGCGAGCCAGCCUCCAGCGGACACGACAGGGUGCCGAGGAAGGAGACGACUUAUGAAGGCACAGACGCUGUCUCUCUGCUGCAGAAAGCGAGCGAGCGAGAGAGAGGGAGAGAGAGAGAGAGACAGAGAGAGACAGAGAGAGAGACGCUGGAAGGAGUGUAGGAAGGAGGCUGGGGUUGCGACGCCACAUGCAGCCACCACAUAUGCUGCCAUCGCAACUUUUAUUCAUCUGUUGUUGUUUUUCUCCUCCUGCCCGCGAGAGCCGCCUGAUGGUCGCUUGCUAGGGACAGCACAGCCGGACGCCCCCACCUCGGCGCCCCGCUCCACUCCCUCGCUCGCUCGUCUGCUGGGGAGGCAUGGAGACCAAGGCAGCGUUCAGCCUGCAGAAAGCUCUGGCGCAGCCGGUGAAGAUGUGCAUGUUCGACUUCCCCGUGUCCAUCCUGGACGACCUGAACUCCACCCAGGAGAUCGGGGAGGAGGCAGAGGUUGGGGCCAUCUACACCAUCACCCUGCGGAAGGUGCAGCUGCACCAGACAGCCAGCAAGGGGCAGCGCUGGCUGGGCGUGGAGACGGACGCGGCGCUCAGCCUGUACGAGACGUGCAAGGUGCGCACGAUUAAGGCGGGCACGCUGGACAAGCUGGUGGAGUACAUGGUGUCCGCCUUCCGAGGGAACGACUCCACCUAUGUCACCAUCUUCCUCUGCACCUAUCGCUCCUUCGCUUCCACCAAGCAGGUGCUGGACCUGCUGCUGGACAGACACGCCAAGCUGCAGCAGACUGGGGCAGAAGGGCCACGGUUGGCACAGGACGACCGAACUGAGAGGAAGAAUGCCAUCUCGUCCAUCCUGGGUGCCUGGCUGGAUCAGUAUUCUGAAGACUUCUGGAAUCCUCCGGAGCACGGCUGCCUGCAGCGCCUGGUCCCCUUCGUGAAGCUGCACUUCCCUGGUUCGGACCUGGAGCGCAGGGCAUGUGGCCUGCUGGCCCAGUACCGCCGGAGCCAGCACCUGGAGCCCCGCCUGGAGGGGCCCGAGCAUGUCAGCUGCCCCUUUGCCAUGCUGGAGGAGAGCGGUUUCGAGGACGAGCGGCCCGACUUCCUGACCUUUGACCCUGUGCUGGUGGCGGAGCAGUUUACACUCAUGGACGCGGAGCUCUUUAAGAAGGUGGUCCCCUACCACUGUCUGGGGAGCAUCUGGUCCCAACGGGACAAGAAGGGCAAGGAGCAUGUGGCCCCCAGUGUCCGGGCCACCGUGUCACAGUUCAACUGUGUCACCAACUGCGUCAUCGCCUCGUGCCUGGGGUGUCGCUCGCUGAAGCCAGCACAGCGCGCCAGGCUGGUGGAGCGCUGGAUCGAGGUGGCCAGGGAGUGUCGCAUACUGAAGAAUUUCUCCUCCCUGCGAGCCAUCCUCUCCGCCCUGCAGUGCAACUCCAUUCACCGGCUGAAACGUACCUGGGACGAGGUGUCCAGGGAGAGCAUUCGCAUCUUCAGUGAGCUCUCAGAGAUUUUCUCUGAUGAGAACAACCACUCGCUCAGCCGGGAGCUGCUGAUCAAGGAGGGAACCUCGAAGUUUGCCACCCUGGAGGUGAAUCCCAAGCGAGCACAGAAGAGGCAUCAGCAGCAGAGGGAGCUGGGUGUCAUGCAGGGCACCAUCCCCUACCUGGGCACCUUCCUCACCGACCUGGUCAUGAUGGACACAGCCAUGAAAGAUUACGUGGAGGGUGAGCUGAUCAACUUCGACAAGAGAAGAAAGGAGUUUGAGGUGAUUGCACAGAUCAAGCUGCUUCAACUGGCCUGUAACAACUACAGCUUCACUCGGGAUGGGCGCUUCCGGGAGUGGUUCUUCAGCUUGGGGAAACUCACUGAGGCAGAAAGCUACAGCCAAUCGUGUGAAAUUGAGCCGCUGUCAGAGUCAGCCAGCAACACGCUGAAAGCCAAGAAGAACAUCAGCAUCAUGAAGCGCUGGAGCGAUCGUCAGUCAGUCUUCGGAGACAGCAGCUGCGGAAGCCCCCACUCCAAGUCGUUUGAACAGUUGCGUUACUCGCCCUACGUGGGCGGACCGGGGAGUGGGCCGGGGGAUGGGGCCGACUCCCUCAGCGUCACCUCAGGCGGCUCCAGCAGCUCUGACACGGAGGAUGUCAGUGUCAGCUUCAUCUCCAACUCCCCUGAUGGCCACGAGAAGAAGUUGUGGGAGUGCACCUCACUAUCCUCAUUAGACACGUCGGGCAUGGGCUCCAGCUCGGCCUCCAGCAGCACGUCCUCGUCCUCGGUGUCGUCCACGCCGGUGGCGGCCUCCCGCUCCCACAAGCGCUCCGUGUCGGGCGUGUCCAGCUACUCCUCGCUCUCGCUGCCCCUCUACAACCAGCAGACAGAUGACUGCUGCAUCGUGCGCAUCAGCCUGGACCUGGACAACGGCAACAUGUACAAGAGCAUCCUGGUGACCAGCCAGGACAAGACCCCGGCAGUGAUCCGGAAGGCCAUGGUCAAGCACAACCUGGAUUGUGAGGCGCCAGAGGACUAUGAGCUGCUGCAGAAGAUCUCAGACGAAAAAGAGCUGAAGAUCCCGGACAACGCCAACGUCUUCUAUGCCAUGAACUCCUCAGCCAACUACGAUUUUGUCCUGAGGAAACGUGGUCCCCCCAAGCCAGCGAGGCCCAAGAGCGUGUCUAGCUCCACAUUACCGCGCAUGAAGCACCGGGGCCUCAAAAUAGCUAAGGGCUUAUUCUAAAGGCCCCCACUGCCCCCAGACCCACCUCCUGCAUCCCGCCGCCGACGACUCCACCCCGGGAUGAGACACGGAACCGGCCGCUGCUAAGAGGCGGACUCAUGUCUGACUUUGACAGGCAGAGGAACGGAACAGUUAGGUAGCUCCGUUUCUGGUUCUGUUCCCGGCAUGGGAUCCAAGGUAAAAGGAGUGGUGGAAUUCGAUUAGAGGUGCCACGGCAUGGCGACCUACCCUGGUGAGAAACUGAUUUUCGCAUGAAAAGAAGCCGUGAUGAGGUCUUAACACUAAAAACUUCUAACUGAAUCAAAAUUGUGGAUCUGGCCUCUGUCUAGCGCUUGGGUUUUGCUCGGUCCGAUAACGGAGAAAGCGUGUGACCUGCUGGGUGUGGCGCCCCCUGGUGGCGCCUUUAAAUGAACUUUCAGACCUGAACACUUUCACCUGAGUGUUCCCAGAUACUGUGGACGGAUGUCUCUUCCUGCAGCCUUUGUGGAACACAGGAAACUCAACAUGUUGGAAACAUGAAAAGGGGCAAGAAAACACCAAACCAAGACCGAACCGAUCAGCUGUGCUUGAAAUGAGCCCCUGUGAUGUCUAAUUGCUGACACGUUGUUAUGGUAACAGUGUUAUUUUGUGAUGUUUCUGCUCACGCUGCUCACCUGCGAACAAACAGCACGUUCAGCUUCUGAGUGCAUGGAUUCAAACAAGAGGGGGGGGGGAUUCCAAAAACAAAGAGACCUUCCCCAUCUCCCACAUGACCAUGAAAAGUGCAUCAAACAUCUUUUAUUUAGCAGUGCAGUUUGCAUUGGCUGCAGCUCGGGGAAACAGGCUGAAAUCAAACCAAAUUCCGUGUUGUUUUAUCCACAUUCACAGUCACAAGUGCUGGGUGAAUAAGUCAAAUAACAGUAUUUGGCCCACAUUUGGAAAUGAAGUAAGGAGGUUUUGGUGGACGCUGGCCUCAGGUUUGGUCACAGCCCCGGAAAGCUGGAGAGGGGCGUAGAAAUUGACUUUUUUUUUCUUCAGAAAUGUGACUGCCCUCUAAUUUCACCACCUGGUUUACAAAUGUCACCAUGCAGCAGAGCCAGAUUUUGUGGAUCUGCAGAAUAUUUUUUGCAUAUUGAGUAUGGAAGAACCCAGUUCCAUGUUCCUGUCACUAAGAAUUAGAAGCUAAAAUUUUCUAUUUUUUCAGUAAAAAAUCACAGGGAGCCUUGAGCCAAAGCUCAGGGUACAAUGCAGGGGAACGAGCUUCCGAAUGCCCUUAGUGUGUGAGUGUGCAGGUUACAGGCGUCCCGUCCAGGGUGGCCCCUGCUUUGUCCUCCGUGGGAUGGACAGGCGUCCCGUCCAGGGUGGCCCCUGCUUUGUCCUCUGUGGUGUGGUUUGUCCUCCCCAUGAACCUGAAUUGGGUAAGGGGCUAGAAUUAAGGAUGAAUUUUGUAUUUUUUGUAUUUUUAUAAUGAAAAAGUUCACAGAAUGUCUUCCCCUUUCUUUUCAUGCCCUGGCUUGUAUUUAUUGACUGUAUAUAGCAUUGUUGUGUAGUGUUGUAUAUGUUUCAUUUCCAUUGUAAUUGUACAUAAAUGUAUAUACAUGUACAUACAUAUAUAGAUUAUAUAUAUAUAAAUAUAUAUAUAUACAAACACUAAGUUUCUAACAUUGUGGGUUCACCCAUCUCCUGAUUGCUCUUGCCUUUGGAAUACUCAUGGCCAGACUUUUUUUAAUACAGGAGUGAUUGCUAAUCAUUUCCCGCUAAGUGCAAUUUGUAAUGUUGAAGAUAAACCUGUGUAAUAAACACCAUAUUAUUAA